AUGUACCUUCCCGUCACCUUUCAGUUAGCGUUCGAUCCAGACGAGAAAUGGAGUAAUCUCUACAGAGAAAGGGAGAAGAAUCAUCUCUACAAAUGGGUCGGAGUACGAAAAGGAGGAGAGCUAAUAACCAUCUACGAACGGGACGGUGAAGAUGGGGUGUUGAAAUUUGCUGAUGAAAAAAUGACAUCAAUGCUGUACGGGGAUGGCAGAGAUCCACAUCACAUCAAAAUUCAGGACUACAUCAAAUGGAAGAAAGCAGUGAAUGUGCAACUCGGCCUCAGCGACGAUGUCGAGAUGCAGGAGAACAAGUUCAAGGAGCACGAUGCCCUAUGGAAGUUGAACAAGCGAGGCGUGGAAGGAGAAAACAUCAUUCAUUUGUUACUGAACAGGGAACAACAGGUAUGUUAUGAGAUCGCUCGAAUUCUGCUCAAACGUUAUCCUGGAAUGGCUAACGACAUCUACAUGGGUGAUGAGAUGUUUGGCCAGUCCGCACUUCAUCUCGCAAUCGUCCACGACGACUACGAAACAGUCCAACUGCUUCUGCAGAAUAAAGCCGACGUGAAUGCGCGAGCUUGCGGGAAUUUUUUCCUUCCCGAAGAUUUCAAGGCGACAAAUAAGGUCACGGAUUAUCAGGGAUAUGCUUACUACGGAGAAUAUCCGUUAGCCUUCGCUGCUUGCUUCGGCAACAAAGACAUCUACGAUCUUCUAAUACAAUACGGAGCGAAUCCGAACCUCCAGGACUCUUUCGGGAACACGAUUCUGCACAUGUGCGUUAUCAACUACAGCAGUUCGAUGUACUCGUACGCUGUACGGCACUGGGCAAAACCGGCUGACCCACAUGUGGUAAAUCACGCUGGUUUAACUCCUCUCACUCUGGCUACAAAACUCGGACGAAAACAUAUUUUUGAGGAAAUGCUUGAACUGAUGAAAGUGGAGUUCUGGCGAUUUUCCGAUAUGACCUGCUCUGCAUAUCCAUUGAACACGUUGGAUACUAUACAACCAGACGGAUCGACCAAUUAUGACUCUGCUCUUAUGACUGUGAUCAACGGUAGCACCGCCGAGCACUUGGAUAUGAUCGGAAGUGAAGUAAUCCAGCGUCUACUUGCCGACAAAUGGAAAGCUUUCGCAAUGCGGAAGCUAAUUGAACGUCUAGCGUUACUGGUAGUUCAGUUGGUCACGUUGUCCAUCGUUGUCUACGUUCGACCAACCGAAAUUUCUCGUCUUUAUAUGGAUGAACCACAAUGGGACGAUUGGAUAAGAACAGUAUGUGAAGUACUGACCAUAUUAAAUUGUGUAUUUUUUGUAUUCUUUCAACAAUUUGGAGAAAUUCGUACUCAAGGAAUAGCCGGGUAUUUUAGGAAUCUGAAAACGGUUCCAGCAAAAUCGGUGUUUUGUUUGGCAAAUAUUUGUCUUUUACUGUGCAUUCCUUUUCGUAUCCUAAGGUUACACGAAUUAGAGGAAGCUCUUUUCGUGUUUGCUUUGCCCGGUUCCUGGAUUUUUUUGUUGUUCUUUGCAAGAAGUGCCAAACUCACCGGUCCAUUCGUCCAAAUGAUCUACAGUAUGAUCGCUGGUGACAUGAUGCGGUUCGCUAUCAUUUCAGCAAUCUUCUUGGUAUCGUUUUCACAAGUUUUCUUCUUCGUCGGCAAGGAUAUGGAUGCAAAACAACAGCUGAAUAGUACGAAUCCACAUUUCUGUGCAGUAGAAGGCUACGACAUUUACACCUACGAUAACUUCCCUGAAACUUUUAUUACGCUCUUCCGAGCUAGCAUGGGCGGCUACGAUAAGUUUAACCGGCGUACACAAUACCUAGCCGGUCUUCGCAGCUCCGACUUGCGAGCAGUGUCGAGUCUUCCCAACCCAGUGGAAUAUAUAUCGAAAGCAAAGCAUAGAUGGGCCGCUCACGUUAUGAGAAGAAUCGACGAAAGCCUAAAAGAACUAAAGACUAAAAGAAGGACUAAAAGAACGCUGGAGUGGAUCCCAAGAGGCCACGAACAAGAUAGGUAUGAAGAAUUCGCUUGUGCAAAUUACGAGGUGCUCACGAAAACGUUGUUCGUGCUGUACAUGUUUGUGAUGCCGAUUAUGAUGAUCAACAUCCUUAUCGCUAUGAUGGGUAACACGUACACUACUGUAAUUGCUCAGGCAGAAAAAGCAUGGAGACAGCAGUAUGCACAAAUCGUAAUGGUUCUGGAGAGAUCGGUAGGCAGGGAUAAGUUAGCGGCCAGUCAACUCGAGUACAGCAUCAAAUUAAAUGACACAAACGAUGCUGCACUUGAAGUGCGAGGUUUAAUGGUCAUCAAGCAGACGAAGAAAACCAGAGCAAAACAGCGAAAGCAAGCCAUUCAUCACUGGAAAACCAUCGGUAGAAAGGUCAUUCAUACAAUAGCUAAAGUCGGCAAGGAGCACGCGAUCCUGUUGCUUCAUGGACAUGACCGACUUGAUCCUAUUAUUGAAGAUGACAAGGCUACGACGUGGAAUCGGACACCCACACGUUUACUAAGCAGAAGUCGCCCAAGAAGUAUCGCUUCACAGGGUGGCGAGCAGCUAAAAAUCGACGACCACGUAUCUCACAUGCACCUUUCUGCUCCGUCGAGUAUACAGGAGACUGUUAACUGGCAUCCUGUGGAGGCCAAUGCUGAUCCUGACGAAGGGAUUCAUGAAGAAACCGUCGUGGUGCCCACGCACAGAUUUGCUCAAUCGGCCACGUCCAUGUCAGAUGCGCAACGAAAUAUGCGGGUCCGAGGAGUGGAGAUGGUACCUUCUGGAGAUAUACCAAACAUGCCUAAUUUGCCAACUAGAACACCACCUCAGAGAGCUGAGACAGAGACCGAGACAGGAGGAGAAGACCACUACUCAGCAAUGCCUGGUUCCGCCUCAUUCAAGAAGGGAACUUCUCUCACGACCACUUGCCACACACGGGACCUGCGACGAUAUGCGCAAAUUCUAGGAGCGGUUCCCGAACACGAUGAGCUUCAACUCCUGCAGGAUUCGGCUGAAAAACUGCUUGUCGAUCUGAUUUUUUCAUGA